UUCCAAUAAUUCCGGAGUUCUUGUAUGACAUCAAUCAUCCCGAAGCUCCUUUGGAUGGAGUGCCGCGAAUAACAACAACUACUGCUGCGCCAACUAAAGAACCACCUUGCGAGAAGUAUAUCAAAUUAUUAAGUAAACAAGAUCCUGAAUUUAAUGCAUCAUUGUAUGCUACUACUACUAGUACAUAUGAAAACCUAACCCAGUUGGAAUUAUCCGAAAAAGAACAAAAACACAAAUAUCUAGUUCAAGAAACUGUUGAAGUGGGCAUGCUGUUUGCCUCGAAGGCAUUCGUGCAGUUAGUGACUAACCCUUUCGUGGGACCAUUAACGCACAA